AUGAAGAGUAAGCUGAACAGGAAUUACUCAGAGGUGACUGAAUUUAUUCUGCUGGGAUUCAGAACCCAUCCAGAGCUCCAGAUCCUCUUGUUCCUAGUGUUCUUGCUAAUUUACAUGGUCAUUGUGGUGGGAAACAUCAGCAUGGUAACUGUCAUUAAGGUGGAUUUCAGACUUCACACCCCUAUGUAUUUCUUCCUCAGAAACUUAUCUUAUUUAGACCUCUGCUAUUCCACAGUGAUUGCUCCCAAAACUCUAGCCAACUUCUUACCGAAUGAAAAGAAAAUUUCUUACAAUGGUUGUGCUGCUCAAUUUUUCUUUUUUGCUCUCUUUGUCACAACAGAAGGUUUUCUUCUGGCUGUGAUGGCAUUUGAUCGAUUCUCAGCCAUUUGUUCUCCCCUCCUUUACCCUAUACGUAUGUCCCAGAAAGUCUGCAUUCUGUUGGUAACUUGCUCCUAUAUCUGUGGAAGCAUUAAUGCCAUAGUCCAAACUGGUUUUACCUUCAGUUUGCGCUUCUGUGAAGAAAACAGACUGGAUCACUUUUUCUGUGAUGUCCCAGCCCUGAUAAAAAUCUCAUGUGUUGACACUUCUGUGAAUGAAAUUGUGCUAUUUGUUCUCUCUGCUUUUAUUAUCAUCACUACAACAACUGCUAUCUUGAUAACUUAUGCUUAUAUCCUCUCAACUGUCCUAAAGAUCCCCUCGACUCAGGGCAGGAGUAAGACCUUCUCCACCUGUGGCUCCCAUGUAGCAGUGGUGAGUUUAUUCUAUGGGACUGUGUUCUUCAUAUAUGCUCAACCUGGGGCCAUCUCCUCACCCCAGCAAAACAAGAUUGUUGCUGUGUUCUACACACUUAUAAUACCAAUGCUCAACCCUCUAAUAUAUAGUUUGAGAAACAGAGAUGUGAAAGAUGCUGUGAAAAGCAUACUAUGUGGGAAAUGA